AAGCCAUCCCCGCAGACCGGCGGACGGGCUCCCGCAGCUCCGCGCGCACGCGCUGCCCGCCCCUUCCCUUCCCUUCCUUUCCGUUCCCGGCGGAAGCGGGGCGGCGCGGCAUGCGGAUGGAGGAGCGGCGCUACCGCUCAGCAUCGGGGGCGCCGCUGGCGCUGCGGUGCCGCCAGCACAGCGCUUCCUGCCGGGAGCUGGCGGUGCGCUGCCCCCGCCUGCAGCUCCGCUCGCUCAGCGCCGUCACCUCCGCCGUCUGGCUGGCGGCCUACGGGCUCUUCGUGCUCUGCGAGAAUAGCAUGGUGCUUUCUGCCGCUAUAUUCCUCACGCUGAUCGGCCUGAUCAUCUACCUGCACUUUGUGAAAAUUGACCAGGAAGCCCUACUGGUCAUCGGCUCACUUGGCAUCCAGGUGACUUCAUCCUAUGCUUCAGGGAAAGAGAGCACAACCUUCAUUGAGAUGAGCCAAGUAAAGGAUGUGGUUAUCAACGAAGCCAUCCAUAUGCAAAAAGUUAUCUAUUACCUGUGCAUCCUCCUGCGGGACCCUCGGGAUCCUCAGGGAGUAUCUGAGGUUGUGCCACUCUUUCAGAGUUCCAAACCACGUCUGGACUGCUUGAUAGAAGUGUACAAAAGUUGUCAUGAAAUCCUGGAUCAGAGGAAAACAGCGUCACAAUCAGAUGGAGUAAAAUAAUAUAAAAAAAAAAAAAUCAAGAUGGAAAACUUGCAGCAGGACUUGGAGAGAUGAAUGGAAAGGCAAGCAAAUCUGACCCAUGGCUUUUUAAAAUUAAAUGUUUAGAAUGUGGUGCAGUUGUAAGAAUGACAUUAUAGCUAACAGACUCACAGAGCUGUUACAGAAGAUACCAGCUGAAGCGCACAAGUGAGCCUAGAAAUUGACUGCUGUGAAAACAGGUGAGCAAAACUUUUUGAAGAGUCAGACAGAAGAAGUUUUUCCAUGCAUCUCUGGGAGAAAAAAAAAAAAAAGAAAAGAAAAAAAGAAUAUGCAGCAAAUGUUUACCCUUCUGUGGAUCUGAGACUUCUGAUAAACACAAAUCAUAACCUUGAGCAGACAGAAAAAAAGUGGGGUUUUUUUGUUUGUUUUUUUUUAAGUUUCUUUGUAAUCCUUUCUUGGAAAGAGUAUCAAGACAGAAGGGUGGGCUGGUACAGUAACUUCCUGAUCUAUGGGGGAAUUUCAGAAAGAGAAUGAUAGAAAAUUAAAAUAUACUGUUGCUUUGAUUUAUAUUUAUGGAAUUAAAUAUAGCAGAGUAUACUUUAGUUUCUUCAGGAAUCUGCUUAAAAGAGUCCUAUGGUAUUGGACCCUAGAGAGAAGAAGGGUCCAAGAUUGAUACACAGGGCUCACCUCCUCCAAGCAUAUGAAUAGUCCAUCCAAACAAGUUAGAAGUUGAGCAAAAAUGGCAAGAGACCUGCAUGGAUGAACGAGUCAUUACUGGUAAAAUUCAAACACCAAAUGGUAGAGUUGAGGACAGGAAGCCUGGGAGCAUUAUAGAGAUGCUGUCCAAGCAUGCAGGGUGUGCGGUUAGGAAAGCCAAAGCCUAUCUGGAAUUGAAUUUGUCUAGGAAUGCCAAAGGCAAAAAAAAGAUCUUCUAUAAGUACUUGAGUAACAAAAAGGCAAGGAAAAUGUGAGCUCACUGCUGAGUGGUGCAGAGAUGUGAUAACACAGGACCUGGAAAAGACUGGGGUAAUGAAUGCCUUCGUCAUUUCAGUCUUUACUAGAAAGACCAGACUUCAGGAAUCCCAGGCCGCAGAUAGGAGGGGAAAAUUCUGGAGCAAGGAAGGCCCUUGAUAGAAAAGGAUCAGGUUAGAAAAUACUUAAGCAAGCUGCCUGUUUGUAAGGCCAUGGGACCUGGUGGCAUGCACCUACAAGUGCUGAGGGAGUUUGCUGAUGACACAGUCUCGGAGGAAUGGCUGAUAUGCCAGAAGCAUGUGCUGCCAGCCAGAGGGACCCAGACAGGCUGGAGAGAUGAGCAUGCAGGAGCCUCUUGUAGUUCAACAAAGGCAAGUGCAGGGUCCUGCAACUAGAGAGGAAUAACUCCGUGCUGUUUCUUCCAGUGCGUGCUGGUUCUUUUUCAGAAGAGGACCUGAGUGUCACAGCGAACGCAAAGUUGAACAGGUGCCAGCAGUGUGUCCUUAGUGCAAAAAGGCUGAGAGUGCCCUGGGUUGCGUGGGAGAUGCAUUGCUAUAGCAGUUCAGGGGAAGGGAUCCCUCCCCUCUCCUCGGCACUGGUGAGACCACACCUGGAGUGCUGCAUCCAUUUCUGGGCUCUCCAGUAUGUGGACAUACUGGAGAGAGAGACAAUGAAGGUCCGCUUACAUUCAUAUGGAGCUGGAGCCUGAAGAAAGACUGGGAGAGCUGUGGCUGUUCAGCCUAGAGAAAAGAGGGUUUAGGGGGAAUCUUAUCGUUAUAUGUAAGUACCUAAAGGGAGCUAGUAAAGAAGAUGGAGUUAAGGUUUUUGGGAGUUGGAACAGAGGUCCCUUCCAACCUCAUCCAAAAGAGCCAGAUCAAUUACUAUGAGAAUAUGAGAAAAAUAUGUUGUUAAAAUGAUAAUAAUGGCUAUGUGAAUAAAGUAACUUAAUGUGGAGAAA